UUUUUUGCUUUCUUUUUUUUUGGCUUUUUCCAACACUGCUCUUUAUUCUAGUUCAUGACAUCCUAUUGGUAUUCAACCAAUGGAAUGAAACAGUGUCGAUUAUCCAAUCGCUAUUUAUCAGUAUUGGAUCAAGCAUAUGAAAGACGCUCUCGGAUACAAAUAGCAGAUGAAGAAUUAUUUGGGAAAACAAUGUCUGCUAUAGCAAACCCUUAUCAAGGCACAAUGACAGCAGAAGAAUUUCAUUUUGGUCUUUAUCGACAACCACCUAUAUGGCGAAUGAGCAGUAUAAGCCUUGAUACAUUGACAUUUAUGGAUUGUGCCUCCAGCAAAGCCAUGAAUGAUAAUAGUCAUUUAGAAGAAGAAUCAAACUCCUCCAAUGAUAAAUUACUACAGAGAAAAAAAUUAGCACUCAAUAAUGUAGAGGAAAAGUAUAUUUGCUGUACUAUCAGUUGACUGAGGAUGCAAAAGAGAGACGAAAAAAAAAAGUAUGUACAUAUCAUGAUAGAGCUUCUCCUUUUGUAUCAUCGACUAUUUAAUAAACUUACAAUAAUGCACUGAUGAAUGAAACUACACUACCAAUGAAAAAGGAUGUAUAUAAGGAGCAAGAGAAGCAGGCUAAUAAAGAAGCAGAACUUCCUUCUCCUUCUGAAGCAUGUGUAUUAUAGACGGGUAUCUUAUUUUCAUCGCUUACUCUAAGUCCACUUGGGAGACU